AUGACCCCGAUUCGCAAUGCACGCUAUAUCCUAACUGGUAUUCCUCAGGACUACCCGGAGGAGGGCAAGCACAUGCGAUACGAUGAUUCUCAGACGAUCGAACUCGACAACGAACCAUUGAAUGGCGGUGUUCUCAUCAAGACUCUCGUCGUGUCGCUUGACCCAUAUCUACGCUCAAGGAUGCGUGAUGCAGGUGUCGAGGGCUACGUGCCCGCCUUCCCUAUGAACGGCCCUUUUGAAAGCAGUGCUGUAGGCCUUAUCGUCCGCUCUGAGCACAAGGACUUUGAGGCAGGCGAUCAUGUUACGAGCGCGGCCGGCUUCCCGCAUCAAGAGUACUUCGUCUGGAAGGACAUGUCGGAUUUGCAGAAGCUGCCGUCGGAAGAGGGCUUGCCCUGGUCACUCUACAUCGGCGUACUCGGUCUACCUGGGCAGACAGCUUACAUGUCCUGGAAGGAGUUCUCGCACGCAAAGAAAGAGCAGACGAUAUUCGUGUCGACGGCCGCCGGGGCCGUCGGCAGUGUCGUUGUCCAGCUUGCGAAGAUGGAUGGUCUCAAAGUCAUCGCGUCUUCUGGUUCGGAUGAGAAAGCCAAGUUUGCUCGCGAAUGUGGCGCAGACGUGAGCUUCAACUACAAGAAGCAGAAUACGGAGGAAAUUCUUCGGGAACAUGGCCCAAUUGAUAUUUAUUACGAUAAUGUGGGAGCGCAAACUCUCGAUCUGGCAUUCAAGUAUGCUGCGAAACAGGCGCGAUUCAUUAUAUGCGGCAUGAUCACCACUCUUAACGAAGGUCGUAAGACUUACGCAUUCCAGAACAUUUUCGAGAUCGUGGCGAAGGAGAUAUCCUUGCAUGGGUUCUUGUGGGCAAGUCUCAGGCCACGCUACGUGAAACAGUUCUUCGAUGAGGUACCGAAGCUCGUCCGGGAGGGCAAGAUCAAGUAUCAGGAAGAUAGAUCUUAUGGUCUCGACAAGGUUGGCGAGGCCUUGUUGCAGGUUCACACGGGCGUGAACCACGGCAAGAAAGUUGUCGUGGUGGCCGAGGACUAG